UAUACAGUAAUGGAGGGGUCUGGUGAUGACUGGAGAGGUUCCUAUAAGGUGUCAGGACGUGGCGGUCUAUUUCUCCAUGGAGGAGUGGGAGUAUGUAGAAGGACACAAGGAUCAGUACAAGGAUCAGGUGAUGAUGGAGGAUCAGCAGCCCCUCACAUCAGCAGAUGGAGUCAUGGAUAGAAAUCCACCAGAUAGGUGUCCCCGUCCUCUGUAUUCCCAGGACUGUCCAGAGGGAAAUGUCCCAGAGAACCAUCAGGAUGAAAAUCUGAUUUAUUUUAAGGUUGAGGUCAAAGAGGAAUCAGAAGAGGAGACGGAUCAGCAGUAUGGAGUCAUGGAUAGAAAUCCACCCGAGAGGUGUCCCUGUCCUCUGUAUUCCCAGGACUGUCCAGAGGGAAAUGUCCCAGAGAACCAUCAGGGGGGAGAUCUGACUAAUAAUAAAGUGGAGGAUGAAGAAGAGAGGAUGAGGGGCCAUCACCCGUGUAUGAGGGAAGUGAAGGAGGAAAUUCCAGGAGGUGUUACCCCAGAACAUUUCACUAAGAACUCUGAAGGAAACUUCAUAUUAUUACCAAAUUAUAAAAUAGAAGCUGAAGAUAUGAUGGAGCGCUCCUCAGGAGAAGACCUCCUCACCCCUAAUGUCUAUCCAGAUCUAUCCUAUAAUAAUCCUCCUGAUCAUGAGGAACCUUCUCCUGACCAGUCACACAUUGUUACCACAAGGACAAGUCGAAGAGGAGGGAAAACGUUUCAUUGUGGUGAAUGUGGAAAAGAGUUUACAAAAAGCUCAAACUUUUUCAGACACCGAAAAAGUCACAUAGGAGAGACUUAUUCGUGUUCAGAAUGUGGGAAACUAUUUCCAUAUAAAUCAGAUCUUGUUGUACAUGAGAGAAGUCACACAGGAGAAAAGCCAUAUUCAUGUUCAGAAUGUGAAAAAUGCUUUGCUUAUAAAUCGGAUCUGGUUAUACACGAGAGAAGUCACACUGGAGAGAAGCCGUAUUCAUGUUCAGAAUGUGGAAAAUGUUUCCCACGUAGAGCUCAUCUUGUUAAACAUGAGCGAACUCACACCGGCGAGAAGCCGUAUACGUGUCCAGAAUGUGGGAAAUGUUUUGCAAAUAGAUCAAAUCUUGUUACACAUGAGAGAACUCACACAGGAGAGAAGCCGUAUUCAUGUACAGAGUGCGGGAAAUGUUUUGCAAAUAAAGCACAGCUGGUUAUACACGAGAGAAGUCACACAGGAGAAAAGCCGUUUUCAUGUUUGGAAUGUGGAAAAUGUUUUACAGAUAAAUCAAGUCUUGUUAAACAUGAGAUAAUUCACACCGGGGAGAAGCCAUAUUCAUGUUCAGAAUGUGGGAAAUGUUUUACAAGAAAACUAGAUCUUGUUGUACAUGGAAGGAUUCACACAGGAGAGAAGCCCUUUUCUUGUUCAGAAUGUGGAAAAUGCUUUACAGAUAGAUCGGGACUUGUUAAACAUGAGAGAAGUCACACAGAGUUUAUCACGUUAGAUAGAACAAGACACAUCUCAAAUUGUGGCUCAUUGCACCGAAAUCUUUCACGUACAUCAAAUUAUGCAUCUCUACCACACAUCCGUACGUCCCAUCUGUACCUCACAUCCUUACAUCACAUCCGUACCACACAACCUUACCUCACAUCCGUACCACACAACCUUACCUCACAUCCGUACCUCACAACCUUACCUCACAUCCGUACCACACAACCUUACCUCACAUCCGUACCUCACAACCUUACCUCACAUCCGUACCACACAACCUUACCUCACAUCCGUACCACACAACCUUACCUCACAUCCGUACCACACAACCUUACCUCACAUCCGUACCUCACAACCUUACCUCACAUCCGUACCACACAACCUUACCUCACAUCCGUACCUCACAACCUUACAUCACAUCCUUACGUCCCAUCUGUACCACACAACCUUACAUCACAUCCGUACCACACAACCUUACAUCACAUCCUUACGUCCCAUCUGUACCACACAACCUUACAUCACAUCCUUACGUCCCAUCUGUACCACACAACCUUACAUCACAUCCGUACCACACAACCUUACGUCCCAUCUGUACCACACAACCUUACAUCACAUCCGUACUACACAACCUUACAUCACAUCCGUACCACACAACCUUACCUCACAUCCGUACCACACAACCUUACCUCACAUCCGUACCACACAACCUUACCUCACAUCCGUACCACACAACCUUACCUCACAUCCGUACCACACAACCUUACCUCACAUCCGUACCACACAACCUUACCUCACAUCCGUACCACACAACCUUACAUCACAACCGUACCACACAACAUUACCUCACAUCCGUACCACACAACCUUACGUCACAUCUGCACCUAUACAACCUUACCUCACAUCCGUACCACACAACCUUACGUCACAUCCGUACCACACAACCUUACGUCACAUCCGUACCACACAACAUUACCUCACAUCCGUACCACACAACCUUACAUCACAUCCGUACCACACAACCUUACAUCACAACCGUACCACACAACAUUACCUCACAUCCGUACCACACAACCUUACGUCACAUCCGUACCACACAACAUUACCUCACAUCCGUACCACACAACCUUACAUCACAACCGUACCACACAACCUUACCUCACAUAUGUACCACACAACCUUACAUCACAUCCGUACCACACAACAUUACCUCACAUCUGUACCACACAACCUUACGUCACAUCCGUACCACACAACAUUACCUCACAUCCGUACCACACAACCUUACAUCACAACCGUACCACACAACAUUACCUCACAUCUGUACCACACAACCUUACGUCACAUCCGUACCACACAACCUUACGUCACAUCUCUACCACACAUCCAAUCACUGAGCUGCUGACUAGAGAGGUUCCUAUAAGGUGUCAGGACGUGGCGGUCUAUUUCUCCAUGGAGGAGUGGGAGUAUGUAGAAGGACACAAGGAUCAGUACAAGGAUCAGGUCAUGAUGGAGGAUCAGCAGCCCCUCACAUCACCAGAUGGAGUCAUGGAUAGAAAUCCACCCGAGAGGUGUCCCCGUCCUCUGUAUUCCCAGGACUGUCCAGAGGGAAAUAUCCCAGAGAAGCAUCAGGAUGAAAAUCUGAUUUAUAUUAAGGUUGAGGUAAAAGAUGAAGAAGAAGAGGAGAUGGAUUUCAGGGUCGAUCUGCAGUAUGGAGUCAUGGAUAGAAAUCCACCCGAGAGGUGUCCCCGUCCUCUGUAUUCCCAGGACUGUCCAGAGGGAAAUGUCCCAGAGAAGCAUCAGGGGGGAGAUCUGACUAAUAAUAAAGUGGAGGAUGAAGAAGAGAGGAUGAGGGGCCAUCACCCGUGUAUGAGGGAAGUGAAGGAGGAAAUUCCAGGAGGUGUUACCCCAGAAAAUCCCAGUAACAUCUCUAAGGGAAACUUCAUGUUAUCACUGAAUUAUAAAGGAGAAGCUGAAGAUAUGGUGGAGCCCUCCUCAGGAGACGACCUCCUCACUCCUAAUGUCCAUCCAGAUCUAUCCUAUAAUAAUCCCCCUGAUCAUGAGGAACCUUCUACCGAUCAAUCACACAUUGUUACCACAAGGACAGAUCAGAAAGAAGGGAUCAGAAAGAAGUUUCAUUGUGGUGAAUGUGGUAAAGAGUUUACUACUAGGUCAAGUCUUCUUAGACACAGCAGAAAUCAUGCAAGGGAGAAGUUAUAUCCAUGUUCAGAAUGUGGGAAAUGUUUUACAAGUGAAUCAAAACUUGUUAUACAUGAAAGAAUUCACACAGGAGAAAAGCCGUUUUCAUGUUCAGAAUGUGGGAAAAGUUUUACAUUUAAAUCCCAAUUUGUUAAACAUGAAAGAAGUCACACAGGAGAGAAGCCGUAUUCAUGUUUCGAAUGUGGGAAAUGUUUUAUGGAUAAACCAAGUCUUGUUAAGCAUCAGAGAAUUCACACAGGAGAGAAGCCGUAUUCGUGUUCAGAAUGUGGGAAAGGUUUUUCAACUCAGUCAAGUCUUGUUAGACAUGAAAGAAGUCACAUGGAGGAGAAGCCAUAUUCAUGUUCAGAAUGUGGAAAAUGCUUUACAGAUAAGCUAAGUCUUGUUACACAUGAGAGAAGUCACACAGGAGAGAAGCCUUAUUCGUGUUCAGAGUGUGGAAAAUGUUUUACAACUCAGUCAAGUCUUGUUAGACAUAGGAGAAGUCACACAGGGGAGAAACUGUAUGCAUGUUCAGAAUGUGGAAAAUGUUUUACAGAUAAUCCAAGUCUUGUUAGACAUGUGCGAAUUCACACCGGAGAGAAGCCAUACUCUUGUUCAGAAUGUAGGAAAUGCUUUAAAGAUAAUUCAAGUCUUGUAAUACAUGUGAGAACUCACACAGGAGAGAAGCCACAUUCAUGUUCAGAUUGUGGAAAAUGUUUUACAGAUAAAACAAGUCUUGUUACACAUAGUAGAAGUCACACAGGAGAGAAGCCAUAUUCAUGCUUAGAAUGUGGAAAAUGCUUCACAGAUAAACCAAGUCUUGUUAAACAUGUGAGAACUCACACAGGCGAAAAGCCAUAUGCAUGUUCGGAAUGUGGGAAAUGUUUUAUAGAUAAACCAAGUCUUGUUAAACAUGUGAGAACUCACACAGGCGAAAAGCCAUAUGCAUGUUCGGAAUGUGGGAAAUGUUUUACACAAAAGUCCCAUCUUGUUAUACAUGAGAAAAGUCACACAGGAGAGAAGCCAUAUUCAUGCUCAGAAUGUGGGAAAUGCUUCACUGAUAAACCAAGUCUAGUUCAACAUGUAAGAAUUCACACAGGAGAGAAGCUGCAUUCAUGUGCAGAAUGUGGGAAGUGUUUUACAGAUAAAACAAGUCUUGUUACACAUAGGCUAAGUCACACAGGAGAGAAGCCAUAUUCAUGCUCAGAAUGUGGGAAAUGUUAUACACGAAAGUCCUAUCUUGUUAGUCAUGAGAGAACUCACACAGGAGAGAAGCCAUAUGUAUGUUCAGAAUGUGGAAAAUGCUUCACAAAUAAACCAAGUCUUGUUAAACAUGUGAGAAUUCACACAGGAGAAAAGCCAUAUUCAUGUUCUGAAUGUGGGAAGAGUUUUAUAGAUAAACCAAGUCUUUUUAAACAUGUGAGAACUCACACAGGAGAAAAGCCAUAUUCAUGCUCAGAAUGUGGGAAAUGCUUCACAGAUAAACCAAGUCUAGUUCAACAUGUAAGAAUUCACACAGGAGAGAAGCCACAUUCAUGUUCAGAAUGUGGGAAAUGUUUUACAGAUAAAACAAGUCUUGUUACACACAGGCUAAGUCACACAGGAGAGAAGCCAUAUUCAUGCUCAGAAUGUGGGAAAUGUUAUACACGAAAGUCCUAUCUUGUUAGUCAUGAGAGAACUCACAGGAAGUCUGUUCAGAAUGUGAGAAAUGUUUUAUUACUAAAGUAAAACUUAGGAGUCACCACACAAGUCACACAGGAGAGGAGCCGCUUUGAUGUUAAGAAUGUGGGAAAUAUAGGAAGAUUACAUUUUGAAACUCAUCAGAGAACUCUCAUAGAGAGAAAAAACAAUGUUCUUGUUUGGAAUUUGUAAGAAGGGGAAAUCACAUGUGCACUCUCUAUAACAGGAAGAUAAUGUGGACUCCUUUAGUUAAAGGG